UCAGAACUACAUCUCCCAGCACGCCGCAGGCUCUGCGCGUAAGCGCAAGCUGGCGGGUGUGUGUAGCGGGUGGGGGGAUGGGAUGUUACCCGGAACCAGAAGGCUUCCGCAAGGUGUAAGCGCCGUGCGCAGCGUGCUGUGCCGCCGUGCCACUUUCGUGCCGCGGAGCAGGCCGCGGGUGCUGGGGAACCGCCCGCCAUGUCGACGGUCGCAGCCGCCAGCUGCGACUCGCAGGGCGCGGGGGAGCCGCAGGCGGAGAAGAAGCCGCUGAAGCCCUGCUGCGCCUGCCCCGAGACCAAGAAAGCCCGCGAUGCCUGCAUCAUUGAGAAGGGUGAAGAAAACUGUGGGCACCUCAUUGAAGCUCACAAAGAGUGCAUGAGAGCCCUGGGCUUCAAGAUAUGAGUGAGAUGAACAGGACUGCGAAUGUGGUGAUGUCUCUUGUGUGACUGGUGUUCUGGAAAGCUGAAAAAUAUUAAAUUAUUUCUGCAAGUUGCUUCAAAGGACCGAAUAUAAACAAAGAAUCUAUUUAUAAAGAAUAUCUAAUGAUAGACUAUCACAUCUGUCGCUUUUCCACUGUUAGCUCUUGACUGCUGCUAUAGAAAAUAUAUUUUUUUCCUCUUAAUAAAAAUCUAAAAAUGA